CCAAAACGUCCUCGUCCAUUUCAAAUAUGAGUGGGUUAGUUGGGUAGUUGGAGUAGAGUGUUGUACUGUACACAACAUCUGGCCUCAAGCAAGCAACCACCACCGGAGCAAAAGAAUGCCGUCGACCGGUGUGAUCAAGUGCAGGGCGGCGGUGGCGUGGGCUGCCGGCGAGCCACUGUCGAUUGAAGAGGUGGAGCUCAGCCCUCCUCAGCCCAUGGAGAUCCGCAUUCAAGUCGUCUCCACUUCUCUUUGCCGCAGUGACCUCUCCGCUUGGCUCUCUCAGAUGCAUACCUGCAGGAUUGUCGAGAGUGUGGGCCAAGGAGUAACAGAAUUUGGAGAGGGAGACCACGUGCUGACUUUGUUUACUGGAGAGUGUAUGAGUUGCAGGCAAUGUGUUUCGGGUAAAAGCAACAUUUGUCAAGUGCUAGGGCUCGAACGCCAAGGUGUAAUGCACAGUGACAAGAGGACACGUUUCUCGAUCAAGGGAAAACCCGUCUAUCACUAUUGUGCUGUUUCGAGUUUCAGCGAGUACACGGUCGUGCACUCCGGAUGUGCUGUCAAGAUCAGCCCCACUGCACCUUUGGAGAAAAUAUGCCUUCUCAGUUGUGGAGUUGCAGCAGGUCUAGGUGCAGCUUGGAAGGUUGCAAAUAUCUCACAAGGAUCGACGGUUGUUGUUUUUGGUCUGGGAACUGUAGGCCUUUCUGUUGUACAAGGUGCUAAACUGAGGGGGGCAUCCCGAAUAAUUGGUGUCGACACAAAUCCUGAGAAGAGUGUAAAAGGGACAGUCAUUUUAUGUUCUGUUGAUGAUACAGCAAUGGCUUUUGGAGUAACAGACUUUCUGAACCCAAAUGAUCAUGACCAACCAAUUCAUCAGGUUUUCACACGAAUUCCCGAUCUUAUGCUUUCUAACUGUAAAUCUAAGUUUUGCGUGUUUGAAUGCCGUUUGCAGGUUAUUAACCAUAUUACUGAUGGAGGGGCGGACUACGCAUUCGAGUGUGUUGGAGAUACUGGAAUGGUUACCACUGCUUUACAGUGUUGCUGCAGUGGAUGGGGUUUGACGGUGACCCUUGGCGUGCCUAAAGAGAAGCCAGAGAUAGCAGCUCACUAUGGACUCUUUCUCACUGGAAGAACACUAACAGGAUCUCUCUUUGGUGGAUGGAAACCGAAAUCCGAUCUUCCUUCACUGGUCGAUAAGUACCUAAAGAAGAGGGCAAUCGGUUGGAAUGUGAAUUGUAUAUCUGAUCAAGGAAACACUUAUGUGCCUGUGGCUGACCUCAUUAUAACGUAUCUGCAGGAAAUUGAGAUUGAUGGCUAUAUUACUCACAAUCUGGAGUUUGAAGAUAUAACUAAGGCAUUUGAGUUGAUGAGAGAAGGCAAAUGUUUGCGUUGCGUGGAAGAUGUGAUUAUCCCAUAA